UGUUCGAGUGUGUGUGUGUGUGCAGGCAAGGGAAAAAAUCGCACCAUUUUUCUCGUGCUCUCUUGCGUGCGUUUUUUGGUCUUUCGAGGACAGUUUCGUUGGAAAUCAAACAAACAAGAGCCCAGCUAAAUAUGUAAAAAGUAGUGCAUUAAGUAGUUAACGAGAAAGCGACGAGCGCACAGCUGCAAAUCGAGUUGCAAAUUGUAAUAUUCGGUCCGAACGUGUGUAACUGUGUCUGUGCGUGCGUGCGUGUGUGCGAGUGUAUGGGUGAAAAAAUGAGGCGUAGUGAAAAUGCGUGCAAAACUGUAUAAAAGAUUGCUAUGAUAUCCAGGAGCUGAAGCCAUGUGCUAUAAGUGUUUAAGCGUGCAACUGACCGGUUAAAUUGUCCAUAACUGAAAUUUAACUACACCUUUAAGCAGCAGCAGAAGCACUUUUGCCUAAAAUGUCAGCCGCCUCUGGGAGGAAUAAAAACAUAGCAACAAACUGAAUGAAUACAAUUCGGAGUUUCAGAUUUGUUGUCACACAAAUUGUUGGAUAAAAUGUGCAAAAGUGUGUUUGUCAAAUUGUUUAGCCAAAAUUAUUUGUUUACCUAGUUAUUCAGCGUAGCUCGAGACUGUAUUCCUUUACUCCCAACAACAACAACAACAACCACAACACACACACCUGGCUAAUUUGCACCGGAAUCUAAAGAACUGAAACCGAAAUUAAAGCCCAAGUUCGAUCAACGGAUUAGCAAAAUAGGAAUCAAAUAAUUCUACGAUAAAUAGCCCGCCUUUUGACAUAUGUACACAUAAAUACACAACAGCACAUACACAUACACCAAAACAAAAGUUUAAAAUUAAAAACAAAAGGAGAUAUAGCAACAAAGCUGAAAAUUCAAGGAGAUGCUGCUCAAAUUUCAUACUUAAUGUCAAACAACAACGACGACCCCACAGCUAUAGCAACAACAACAGCAGUUAGAGAAGGCAAAGGAACAACAGGAGUAACUGUAAGCUAGCGAAGAGAGUGGAGAGACGUGAAGAGACGAGACGAGCUUAUUACACACACCUGUCGUCGUCGCCCAGUGGGAGAAAGAGCGAAGAGAGCGGCGGAUCUCCCGUGUGUGUGUUAUUCGCAUGCGCGAAAUGCGCGGACGCUAAGUGAGUAUCUUGCAGAUCCUUCAGUUUGCUUAUCAAACCGAACCCGCAUUUCGGAUCAAACCAAUCGCCAAUCAGCAAGAACAACUGGAAGAACUACACCUACACAAAAUCAGCAGCGGCAGCCGAUCAAAAUUCAUUAUCAAAAUUCACGGAAAGGCAAUCGACUUCUUGAGUCAAGAUUCAAGCGAAAUUAGCUAGGCGAAAUGCAGCGACGAGAACGGCAAGCAAGUGGCGGUGGCCCACAAACGACAACUGCCGGUCCAUCCGCUGGUAAUGUGGCAAAUGCCACCACAGCCCUAGCCGGUGGUAAAAGCUCAAGCAAUAACAUGUAUUCCACCCGCCAAUCUGUAAGCACCACAACCGGUGUACUUAUGGUCGGACCAAAUUUUCGCGUCGGUAAAAAAAUUGGCUGUGGUAAUUUUGGCGAAUUGCGUUUAGGUCGUCGAAUGUGUUGCUUUGGUGGUGUUGGUGUCGGAGGGCGUAAUGGGCGUGGCACUGCUGAUAGCAGUGAGACAGGCAAAAAUCUUUACAACAAUGAACAUGUAGCAAUAAAAAUGGAGCCUAUGAAGUCAAAGGCUCCGCAACUACACUUAGAGUAUAGGUUUUAUAAACUAUUAGGAUCACAUGCCGAUAACGCCCCAGAUGGCAUACCACGCAUUUAUCAUUUGGGCACUUGCGGUGGCCGUUAUAAUGCCAUGGUUUUAGAGUUAUUGGGAUUAUCAUUAGAAGAUCUCUUCAAUAUUUGCGCCCGUAAAUUUUCACUUAAGACUGUAUUGAUGAUAGCGAAACAACUUCUCCACCGGAUCGAAUAUGUUCAUAGUCGGCACUUAAUAUAUAGGGAUGUGAAACCAGAGAACUUUCUCAUCGGCAGAACGUCAACAAAACGUGAAAAAAUUAUACAUAUAAUUGAUUUCGGUUUGGCCAAAGAAUACAUUGAUUUAGAUACAAAUAGGCAUAUACCAUAUCGGGAGCAUAAGUCCCUAACUGGAACGGCACGUUAUAUGUCAAUCAACACGCAUAUGGGACGUGAGCAAUCGCGACGCGACGAUCUGGAGGCAUUGGGUCAUAUGUUUAUGUAUUUCUUAAGAGGUUCACUGCCGUGGCAAGGCCUGAAGGCUGAUACACUCAAGGAGAGAUAUCAAAAAAUCGGUGAUACGAAACGAGCAACACCCAUCGAGGUGCUUUGCGAUGGACAUCCGGAAGAGUUUGCGACAUAUUUGCGUUACGUACGGCGGUUAGAUUUUUUCGAAACUCCCGACUAUGAUUUUCUGCGAAGACUGUUUCAAGACUUAUUCGAUCGUAAGGGAUACACCGACGAGGGCGAGUUCGACUGGACAGGGAAGACAAUGACCAAGGAACAGCUGGACCAAAUGAAGGUCAUAAAGAAUGCACCACCAUCGCAUUUGGCAAAAAAUAAGUCUGACAAGUCAACGCCCGUCGGAUCUCUGCAAACUGGCCAUGAAGUCAUCAUUUCACCAAAUAAAGAUCGUCAUAAUGUUACGGCUAAGGAUGUUUCAUAUUUUGAUUUUGAUGACGAAGUUGAUAAUGAGAAUGAAGAAUAUAUAAUACUUCAGACAAAUGCCAAAGGAGGUGUUGCUGCGUGGCCUGAUGUGCCAAAGUCGGGGGCAACACUGGGCAAUCUAACGCCGGCCGAUCGGCAUGGUUCAGUGCAGGUUGUGAGUUCGACGAAUGGCGAACUAAAUCCGGACGAUCCCACGGCCGGACACUCAAACACGCCCAUCACACAGCAGCCGGAAGUCGAAGUGGUCGAUGAAACAAAUGGUUCCUUAUAUUCCAGAUGUUGUUGUUUCUUUAAACGAAAGAAGAAGAAAUCGACGCGCCAAAAAUGACUAGACGGUGUACAAUGUAGUCCAGAACGCGAGGCAGUCACCCUGCUGCGCGCCACUUCACAUUCAAACUCACGGGAUAGCGUAUUGAAUAAUCCGAGUCAGGAUUAUAUCCAGCAGGCAACGUCGCAGCACACGUUGCGUUAUCCUCCAUCCGCGUCGAUGCUGACGCCAACACCAACUACAAACACACCGACACUUCCGUUGUAAUUUAUAUAAAUAUAAAGCCAGAUGCAGAAUGCAAAAAGCAACAAAAAAAUAAUAUAUUAAAUCAAACAAAAAAAAACAAACAAACAAAACCCCAACAACCACAAAACAAAAACAAAAGAACCCCCGUACACAUUAAAUACACUAAAAAACAGUAAAAACAAACAAAAUGAAACCAAUUUUGAUUAAUUAUUGUAAUGAUUGUAUUUUAUUAUUAUUUUUAUUAUUUACCAAUUUUGCGUUUAUUAUAUAAAUUAUUAUAAUUAUUAAUUAUAUUAUUAAUUAAUGCUAUUAUAAAUAAAAAAGAAAACAAAAUUCAAACGUAAUUCAAACCGACUAGAAAUGACACGGCAAUUCAAGCAAGAAUCCCUCACAACCUAGGCAGCUCCUCCCGUCGGUGUCUCUUGUGAAGGUAUUCGGAAUGAAAGAAAGAAAGAAAGAAAGCUCCCCAUUACCACUACCAAUGCCACACACCCCUCAAAACCCUAUUGCUCUUAACUGACGGAAACUUAAACACACAAAAAACCACUUAAAGCAUAUUUAUAUAUUAUAAACAUAUAUUAAAAGAGACGAAAACAAAACUAGUGCAGCAUCAUUUAAUGAGAGAAGGAAGAAAACAUAUUUAUACGCAACCAACAAACUUGUAAAUUAUAAUGAAAGAAAAGAAAGCGAAAAUAAACAUCAUUUUUUAAAACUAUUUAAAAUAAA